GACUAAAAUCUCCGAUCAAGCUUAUAAAGAACUGAGCUUUGGUGGGUCUUAGCCAAUAGCCAUGGCCUCCCAAAUUGAGCAGCUCCACUUCCUCGUCGUUCCUCUCAUGUCCCAGAGCCAUCUCAUCCCCAUGACGGACUUCGCCAAGCUGCUGGCCCAGCGCGGCCUCGCCGUCACCAUUAUCACCACCCCACUCAACGCCGCCCGCUUCCAACCCAUCGUAGACCGUGCCGUCGCAGCCAACCUCAAGCUCCGCCUCGUCCCCCUCAAGUUCCCCUGCAGCCAGGCCGGAUUGCCGCCGGGAUCAGAAAACAUGGACACUCUCACCUCUCCCAACCAAGCAACCCAGUUCUUCCAAGCCAGCAGCAUGCUUCAGGACCAUCUCGAAAAAUUGGUUUCUGGUUUGGAACCGAGGCCGAGCUGCUUCGUCACCAGCAAUGCCGUUCCCUGGAUGGCGCAAGUUGGCCGGAAAUUCAACAUCCCGACGUACGUCUUCAAUGCGAUUUCUUGCUUCAGCCUCGUCUGCUCCAAUCGCAUCGAUUCCAUGGACGAAGAAUUGUUUGAUAGUGAGAAGCCCAUUCUCCUGCCGAAUUUGCCUCAUAGAAUCGAAUUAACUAAGUCGCAGUUACCUCGAUCCAUCCGGAAAGAUUCAGAUAAGCUUGACGGCCUCUUGGACCAGAUGAAAGCAGCUUUGCUUUCGGCAGAGGGCGUUUUGGUAAACAGCUUCGAGGAGAUGGAGCUCGGCUAUGUAGAGGAAUACAGAAAAGUGAAGAAGAAAACAUGGUGCAUUGGGCCUGUUUCCCUCUGCAACAAAGAGCUGCUGGAUAAGUUCGGCCGGGGGAACAAAAACUCCGUCGACGAGCACCGUUGCCUGAGCUGGCUUGACAACCGGUCGAAUAACUCCGUCAUUUACACUUGCUUCGGCAGCCUCUGCCACAUCCCAACUGACCAACUAAUCGAAAUCGGGCUUGGACUGGAAUCGUCGAAUCGGCCCUUCAUUUGGAUAAUCAGAGAAACGGAUUAUUCCCCGGAGAUACAGAAAUGGCUGGAAGAAGAGAGAUUCGAAGAGCGGAACAAAGAAAAGGGUCUGAUAAUCCAUGGAUGGGCGCCCCAAAUUCUGAUUCUCUCCCAUCCGGCCGUGGGAGGGUUCUUGACUCACUGUGGGUGGAACUCAACCCUGGAAGGAAUUUCCGCCGGCGUUCCGAUGAUAACCUGGCCAAUGUUCGCUGAGCAAUUCUACAAUGAGAAAGUGGUAACCCAGGUGUUGAGGAUUGGAGUAAGAAUCAGCGUGGAAGUUGGGAUGAAAAGGGGAGGAGUGGAAGAGAAGGGCGAGGUGAUGGUGAAGAGGGAGGAAAUCAAGAGGGCCGUGGAUCGGCUAAUGGACGAAGGAGAAGGAGGAGUCCAGAGAAGGGAGAGAGCUAGAGAGCUGGAAGAGAUGGCGAAGAGGGCGGUGGAAGAAGGCGGAUCUUCUCACUGGAACAUGACGUUGCUGAUUCAAGAUGUAAUUGAGCAGAUGAAGAAUCGAAGGGGGCCAAUACAGGAAGACAUGGACAGGCCACACCCAGUCCGCAGUCUCCAUCCUUUCUCUGCUCAGGUGGCAUCACAUGGUUGACAGAUUCUAUUUCUUGGAAGUUGAUAAUUUUAUUAACUUUCCCGUCUCGUUGAUAUCAAUGUAAUAUAAUAUUGUCACUCCUCUCUUUCUGCAUGUAUUUCUUUCAAUAAUACGAAAUAAUUUAUCCA